AUGCUGUCUAGGUCUUCAGCGUCAGGGGCCAGUCGGUCACAAUCGUGCGAAUUGCUUCGCACUUUUGCAUGCCCUUCUGGAUCGCGACAGCUCCGCGGGCCUGUUAGAUCUUUGACAACACAGCGGCGCACCCUUUCCCGAAAAGCGUCGCCUUUGGUGGUGUCUAGCGCUCUUGCGCAACGAAAAAACGCUCCCAGAUACGUGGCAGCGCAAUGCCAGCCUCAACGGCGGUUUGUGUCAGGCCCGGCCUCCGACGACUCGCGCCCCCAGCCUACCGAAUCCAACGAACCGGACGAUAUCAAUGUCUUAAUCGAUCGAAUCAGUGAAAAGGAAGCCGAGAUUGUACAAUUGCUCGAGGAACUGGAAAUCCUGGGCGAGCAGGCCGAGGGGGCCGAGGGAGAAGAGUUCUCCGACCUACUCGACCAGCGAGACGAACACACCGCAGAGUCAUGGGUACACAUGAUCAAACAGCGGUUCAGAGAUGAGGUACCAGAAGGAUUGCUGAAUGAUGCCGAACUUCAAAUCUACGCGCGCUUGUACGGAGAGCCCAUCAUCCGGCAGGAAGUCGAAACAAUGAUCGAGGAGGAGGAAGAUCUCAGCCUGCUCCGCGAAGACGGACAAGGAGGUUGGGAGGAAGUCGAUAUCGAGGGAGAAUCUGCCGUGGAAGUUGAUAUCCCAGUCGCCUAUGAUAUGGAUGUCCCUCCGGAAGAACGCGAAACAAUCGCGAUGCAACGGACGAGGGAAGUGGCAGAACAGUUGGGUGGCGAAAUCAUGCUUGAAGAAUUUGAGAAUGAAGCAGUGCCCGACUUUGCACCAAGGACGCAUCCGCGUACCCUUGACGGCAAAUAUGGCACUGAUCCUAGCACUAUUCAUCUGCCAAAGGAUACCGUUACAGGUCCUAUCUCGGUCAUUUUGUCCGAAUAUUCCAACAAACAUAUGUCGGAGACUGCUCACCGUCUGUUUGGAGGACCAGGCUUGCCUCAUUCGACUACAACAGCGCCUCCACGUGCCCAGUUACCGCAGCUCCCUAUUCCUCUCCAUGCUUCGCAGCGUCAAAUGGGAGAAAUGGAGGCCAAUACUUACUUGGCAGCCCUGUACCCCGGGAUCUAUGCUUCCACGCUCAGCGUUAUGGUGGAGAUUCGCAAGAGACUGGGAGUCGAUUGGAUCCGUAAUUUGAUUGCACAGGAGGGUGGUCCAAACGUCCUAGAUGCCAGUGGCGGUGGUGCUGGCAUUCUGGCCUGGCGAGAUGUCAUUCGCGCAGAAUGGGAGCUCAUGGUGCCCGAUCAUCCCGAGGGAGAGCCCAUCCCUUAUGGACGAUCGACCGUGCUGACGGGCUCCGAUGCGCUUCGGCUGCGCGCUGCUGCCAUGCUGGACAACACUACCUUCCUCCCACGACUACCUGAUUACGUUCAUGUACGCGAGAAGCCCACAAUCGAGGACUCGCGCAGUGCCCCUAAACGUAAGCAGUACGAUGUCAUCAUCGCACCGCACUCACUUCUCGGCCUCGAGGAAGAAUAUGAGCGCAAGCAGCACGUGGAGAACCUGUGGGCGCUUCUGAACCCUAACGGGGGUAUUCUUAUUCUCCUUGAGAAGGGCCGCCAAAAGGGCUUCGAGGCUAUCUCCGGUGCUCGUGAAAUGCUCCUCAAGCGUCAUAUUGCGAGCCCCGGGUCGACCGAAUACGACAACUUCCUUGAGGACCCCGACCAACGCGAAGUCAUCACCAAGGAGCGUGGAAUGAUUGUCGCUCCCUGUACCAACCACUCAACCUGCCCGAUGCACAAUUCAGCCGGCCCAUCCAAGGGCCGUCGGGACUUCUGUCAUUUCGAGCAGCGGUACAUUCGCCCGCCGUUCUUGCAGCGCAUCAUGGGUGCAAAAGACCGCAAUCACGAAGAUCUCAAAUUCAGUUAUCUUGCCGUGCAACGUGGCGUAGAUCUCCGACAAGAUCAAUCAAUUCGCCAAGAUGCCGAGGCGACAGAUGCGGCAUUUGAGGGCUUCGAGGACGCAGAGGACCAGCCUUCAACUCCCUCGCCCUCCCCCCGCGCCAUCUACCCACCCAUGAAGCGUCGCGGUCACGUUAUUUUCGACCUCUGCACACCCGCCGGCAAGAUCGAGCGCUGGACCGUCCCGCGCUCCUACAGCCGUCAGGCCUACCGCGAUGCCCGCAAAUCCAACUGGGGAGACCUGUGGGCUCUGGGGGCCAAGACUCGCAUCCCGCGCAACCUCAACCUUGGCGACAGGCAUGGUGAGGGCAAAAAGGAGCGACUGGCUCGUCGUGCGGCGAACAAGGCUCGUGAGGCUGAGGAAGAGGGUGACUAUGAGAAUGGGGGGGAUGAGGAGGAUGCGGACUAUGUGGUUCAUGACUCGGAUGUCCUACCUCCUGUCAGGAAGAGGGGUCAGCACAUUCCCAGUUGGAAGAAGCAUAAUGAUAAGAAGAAGCUCCGUCAGGCUUCUAAGAAGCUUGUCAACGAAUAG